ACAACUUAUUGCUAUUCUGAGGAGAAGAAAAUAUGGGUGUGAAAGGCAAGUCGAUUGCUUCAACAGAGGUGAAGUGCGGAGGAGACUCUGCUCAUGAUAUUUUUCACACCAAUACUCAUCAUAUAUUCAACGGCCCUAGUAAGGUCAACCGUUUUGAGAUUCAUGAAGGUGAAAUCGUAAAGGUUGGUUCGAUUAUUAGCUGGAAAUAUAACGAAGCACUCAAAAAAAAGAUUUGUAAGGAAGUGGUUGAAGCCUUUGAUCCUCACAAGAAAUCACCCACUUGGAAAGUAAUUGAAGGAGAUUUAUUAGAAUUGUAUAAUUCUUUCACUAUUAUCACAUCCAGUGAAGAUCAGUGGACUAAAUGGACAUUCGAGUACCGGAAGAAAAUUGAUGACACCCCUGAGCCCCUCGUUUUCAUGGGUUUACUCCUUGAUGUGACCAAAGAUGUAGAAGGCCACCUUCUCAAGAAAUAA